AUGGAACAAAGUAAUAAAGCCCAUCGUAAAACGAAGGAAAAGAACACUGCCAAAAAGAAACUGCAUACACAAGGUCAUAAUGCUAAGGCCUUUGCAGUUUCUGCCCCAGGGAAGAUGGCAAGACAGAUGCAAAGAUCUAGUGAUGUGAACGAAAGAAAGUUGCAUGUUCCUAUGGUUGACCGUACUCCAGAUGAUGAUCCACCACCAGUAAUUGUUGCUGUUGUCGGACCACCAGGUACUGGUAAGACUACCUUGAUCAAAUCAUUGAUUAGAAGAAUGACUAAGACCACUUUGAAUGAUAUUAACGGUCCGAUCACUGUGGUUUCAGGUAAGCACAGAAGAUUAACAUUUAUUGAAUGUCCUGCCGACGAUUUGAAUUCCAUGGUGGAUGUAGCUAAGAUUGCUGAUUUGGUCUUGUUAUUAAUGGAUGGUAAUUUUGGUUUCGAAAUGGAGACUAUGGAAUUUUUAAACAUUGCCCAAACACAUGGUAUGCCUAGAGUUUUGGGUGUUACUACGCAUUUAGAUUUGUUUAGAUCCCAAUCAACAUUAAGAACUUCCAAAAAGAGAUUAAAGCAUAGAUUUUGGACAGAAGUGUAUCAAGGUGCUAAACUGUUCUAUUUAUCCGGUGUCAUUAAUGGUAGAUACCCUGACAGAGAAAUACUGAACUUGAGUAGAUUCAUCUCAGUUAUGAAAUUUAGACCAUUGAAAUGGAGAAAUGAACAUCCUUAUUUAUUAGCGGAUAGAAUUACAGAUUUAACUCAUCCAGAAAAGAUUGAAAGAGAGGGGAAACAAAUUGAUAGAAAAGUUGCAUUAUACGGGUAUUUACAUGGGACUGCACUACCUUCGAUUUCAGGUACUAAAGUGCACAUUGCUGGUGUUGGUGAUUUCCCAAUUUCUCAAGUAGAAAAACUACCAGAUCCUUGUCCAACUCCAGGUUAUCAACAAAAGCUUGAUGAUUAUGAAAGAGAAAAGAUGAAAGAGGAAGGAAAUACCACAGUCACUCCUAAGAGACGUAAGAGAUUAGAUGAUAAGGAUAAGUUAAUCUAUGCUCCAAUGUCUGAUGUAGGAGGUAUCCUUAUGGAUAAAGACGCCGUUUACAUCAAUGUUGGUAAGAAAAAUGAAGAUGAAAGUUUCGUCCCUGGUCAAGAGAGAGGUGAAGGAGAAAAAUUGGUUACCAAUUUACAAUUAGCUGAAAAGAGUAUCGCUGAAAAUUUCGAAGGUGUUGGUAUUCAACUGUUUAGUAAUGGUACUGAACUACACUCUGUCGAACCUGAAGAAGAUGUAGUAGACGAAGAGGAAGAACAAGAUAAAGAUGGUGAUAAAGGUAGAGCUAAUAUGAGAAACCCAAGAGUUUACGGUAAAUCUGUACAGGAAGAAGAUGAUGAGAUCGACUUAGAUGCUAUUCCAAGUGAUGAUGAAAAUAACGAUGUCGAAGAAGAAGGUGAACCAAGAAUGGUCGAAAUUGAUUUUGAAAACAAUGGUAAAGAUACCAAUACCGCUGAAACUGAUUCAGAAUUUGAGUUAAGUGACAACGACGAUAAUUGGGAAACUGGUGUCGCCAGUAAGUUACAAGCCAAUAAAACUAAGCGUCGUAGAAAAUGGGAUAUUGGAAAAUUAAUCUAUAUGAAUAAUAUCGAACCUCAGGAUUGUAUCAAGAGAUGGAAAGGUGAAGAUGAAGACGAUGAGAAUGAAGAUGAAAGUGAUAUUGAAAAUGAAGAACAGGAUUUUUUUACAAAAAAGGCUGGGAUCACAGAUCAAAGUAAGGAAACCUUUAAUGAUUUAGAGAAAUUCGUUCCAUAUUUUGAAAAGAUGGAAAAAUUAGUUGAAAAAUGGAAAACUUUUGAUUCCAUUAAUGAUAGAUUCAUUGGCGCAUCUAUGAAAUCUAAGAAAGAGUCUAAAGCCGGUGAUUCUAAUGAAGAUGAAGUGUUCGGUGAUUUUGAAGACUUAGAGGAUGAACCAGAGAAUGAAGGAAAUGAGGAUGUAGUGGAAGAAGAUGAUGGUGGUGCACAAUCUGAUGAUUCAUUUACUAACUUUGAUAAAGAAGAGAAGAAAGAUCUAACCAUGGACGAAGAGCGUGAACUAAACGCAACUAAGAAGGAGAAAUAUCGUAAACAAUUUGAAAUCGAAGAAGGUGAAAAUUUCAAGGAAGAUGAUCCAGACAAUGAAUUUGAUACAUGGUACGAAUUACAAAAGGCGAAGAUGGCUAAACAAUUGGAAAUCAACAAGACUGAACUAGAUGAUAUGACUCCGGAACAACGUCAAAAGAUUGAAGGUUACAAGGCUGGUUCAUAUGUUCGUAUUGUGUUUGAUGAUGUUCCUAUGGAAUUCAUUGAAAAUUUUGAUGCAAGAUUCCCAAUUAUAAUGGGUGGUUUGUUACCAACUGAAUUAAAAUUCGGUAUCAUCAAGGGCAGAUUAAGAAGACAUCGUUGGCAUAAGAAGAUACUAAAGACCAAUGAUCCAUUGGUUAUUUCUCUUGGUUGGAGAAGAUUCCAAACAUUACCAAUUUAUACCACAACAGAUUCCAGAACAAGAACAAGAAUGCUGAAAUAUACUCCAGAACAUACAUUCUGUAAUGCAAGUUUCUAUGGUCCAUUAUGUUCUCCAAAUACACCAUUCUGUGGUAUUCAAAUUGUGGCUAAUAGUGAUACAGGUGGUGGUUUCAGAAUUGCUUCUACUGGUGUUGUUGAAGAAUUAGACGUUGAUACCGAGAUUGUAAAGAAAUUGAAAUUGAUUGGUUAUCCCUACAAAAUUUUCAAAAAUACUGCAUUCAUUAAGGAUAUGUUUUCCAGUGCUAUGGAAGUUGCCAGAUUUGAAGGUGCUCAAAUUAAGACCGUCUCUGGUAUCAGAGGUGAAAUCAAGAGAGCGUUAUCUAAACCUGAUGGACAUUUCAGAGCUACAUUUGAAGAUAAGAUUUUGAUGAGUGACACAGUUAUUUUAAGAUCAUGGUAUCCGGUACGUAUUAACCGUUUCUACAACCCUGUGACAUCGUUACUUUUGGAAAAGAAGACAGAAUGGAAGGGUGUGAGACUAACUGGUAAGAUAAGAGCUGAUAUGAAGAUCGAGACUCCGACUAACCCAGAUAGUGCAUAUAAGAAGGUUGAACGUGUUGAGAGACGGUUCAACGGAUUAAAGAUUCCAAAGGCUGUCCAAAGGGACUUACCAUUCAAAUCUCAAAUUCAUCAAAUGAAACCUCAAAAGAAGAAAACUUACAUGGCUAAAAGAGCCGUUGUCAUGGGUGGAGAAGAAAAGAAGGCUCGUGCAUUCAUGCAAAAAGUGUUAACCAUAUCAAGAGCUAAGGAUGAAAAGAGAAAAUCUAAGAAGGCAGAUCAACGUAAGGAGAGAUUAAAAAGACUCGCUAAGGCUGAAGAGGCUAAAAUAGAUAAAGACAAAGAAAAGAAGAAAGAAUAUUUUGCUAAGAAUGGUAAGAGAAGUAGUACCACUGAGGAUAGUAGAAGUAGUAAAAGAAGAUAG